CAUGACGAGAUUAUUCUCUUCUGUGUUGGUGUCUCUAUUCUUAUCAAUUUUAGCUCUAUGUUCAGCCACCGUGGAAAACGCGGCGGACUGUGUAGCCGUUGGAACGCUGAUAUCGUCAUGCACUGAGUUUGUGAAUUACGGCUACCCGGAUCCCAUACCCGGUUCAAGCUGCUGCGACGCCAUGACAGUUCUAGGAACUUACUCUGAUUCUUCUGACAAGAGAAUGUGGCUCUGUAACUGCUUCAUUGAUCUCAUCAAUGUCUAUUACUCAAACGCUACAGCUAUUUCUACCUUGUCUGGCUUCUGCGGCAUCGUUUUGGGCUUCACCAUUGAUCCAAACACCGAUUGCAACUUCAUUCAGUGAAGGCAAGGGACAAGACUUUUGGAGCUUCGGUGUUGUGGAUCAAACUGAAGAGAUUGUUUAUGAUGUA